AUGAGCAUGCAACGCUCCAAAACACUCAAUGCCACUGCCGGCUAUGUGUGGCGACUUGAUGGGUACGGUUCCGACGCUCACCGUGCUCACGUCGAUAAGCAAAUCUCAACUACAAAAUCAAGCGGCAAGCAGGCCUUCAUCGAUAUCUCAGAAGUCAACAGGAGCUUCAGCAACACCGCUGUAGGACAGCCUCUAAAUCGUUUCUACUUUCGCUCAGCAGUUGGCGUGCUAGGGCCCAUCAUCGUCUCUGCCUACUUCAUUGCAAUAUGGCGCAUUUAUCUAACACUUGUCGACGUGCAGGGCCCGUUGGCGUUUGGGUCGCCAGGUGCAACAUGGGUCUUCUACAGCUGGUUCGCCGCUGGUGUCGUGGGGCUCAACUUCAACCUCUACGGACUGGCCGGAGUGGAAGCUGCCAUGCUGAUGGAACCAGCAUGGAAUAAGAACACCCUAGAUGCGCGCAUUCCUGCACAAGGCAUUAUAGAUACACCAGCACGAUUUGACUGCCCACAACACGCCUUCCUUGAGAGGGUUUCUGCCGUGCUCCCGAAAGACGAUGGCAUCAGUCGAACGUUCAUGAUCGCGUAG